CAUAUGCCUAUUUGCGAAAUUUGUUUUAUUGAUGACAAGCUUGUAAUUUGGUAUUCAUAUAUUCAAAUUCAAAAUUUAGUCCUAAAUGCUUUCGAAACGUUUGCUCAUUGUGCAAUAAAUUAUCGGAAUGCGAUGUUUGUGUUUUAAUUGAAAUGAAAUUCACAUAUGUAAUUAUCACAUAUAUAUAUUUUAGCUAUAUUAAUAACACAAAACAUAGAUUGAAGAGCAAGAAUAUUAGCUAAAUUAAAUUAACGAAAAGAUUAAUACUCUUAAUGAAGAAAUAUCUUUAAUAUAGAAAGCAAGUUCUCUGCUCAAAAGGAACUAAAAUUAGAAAAGUGAAUCACUAGAGUUUUAAAUGAGUGAAACCAUUAUUGAUAAAUAGCAUGAGCUUGAAGAUCUAGAAACCGAAAUUGAAAACUAAAAAGUAAAGUAGAUCGAUUUUAGUUGAUUUUAGUUGAUAAUUCCAAUGAAGAAUUAAAUGCAUUAAUAAGCUAGCAGUUAAAAUUGUAGACUUAAAAUAAAGAGCUAGAUUUAAAAAUCAAUGAAGCAGAGAAAGAGUAUGAGGUCUUGCAGGAAACUCUAAAUUUAAAGAAAUAGCAAAUCUAUUAGAUUUUAUAAACACUGAAAAACAAAACUAGUCUAUUAAGAGGCAGCUAAGAGGAAAAGCAUUAUUCUUAAAGUAAUUUAAGAAUGACUCUUCCUAAUAAACAGCAAAAGACUAUCUCUACCGAAGAAAAAGUUCAAAAUCCAGGGUAAAUAACAAUAUUAGAUUCUAUAUAGAUUAUGUGCUGGAUAAUGCAUCAUAUAAUGA